AUGAGCGCUUCCGUACCACUUUCUGAUUCUGACAGAUGGCCAUGGCUAGAAUCUGUGGCCACCAAAUCGGCUUUGGCAGCAGCUGAAGCACCUGCUAGAAUUGCAGUUGCAUCUUGUUCAGCACUCAAGCAGUCAUAUCGCGAGUUUUUAAUUUCCCAUAUGAUCAAAGUGGUACCCUUUUGUGCAAUGCUCCUUGUUUUUCUUUACCCAGAAUCAGAAAGCGAUGCUGACCUGGUUGCUUCCCGAAUGGAGCAACGCUCGGCUACUACUAACCAUUUCAUGGCUAGUGAUAUGAUCUCAUCACAACUAGCAAUCACACAAGUCCCUCAUAAUGACGAAGGUCUUCUUUCUAAACCUUCUUAUCGAUGUCUUCCGAUUCGCGUAAAAAAAAACCUAACACCUGAAGAUGUUGUUGUUCGAAUCAUUUCUCUAAUAAAUAUGAAUUAA